UAUCGUCUUUCCUUGUGCACCACGGCUAGACUGUUAAACCACCCGACUUUCCAAAUUUCCAAUUCUAUCCUUGUAUUUGUUUUCAUAUUGCUACCCUAAUCCAACUCUCUCAAAACACACUCAUCGGCCGCCAUUUCCAUCACCUUCCAAAAACCCUAACGCCAUUUUAACUAUUGUUCCACACAGCUUAUCCAACAAUGGCGGAUUCGGCUAAUAACGUCUCAAUCGAUGACUCUACUUCUGCUUCAUCGGAACCGGAAGUUGUAAGCAAGAAUGCUCGCAAGAAGGAGUUGAAGAACAAACAGAAGGAGGAAGAGAGGCGUCGCAAGGAAGAGGAGAAGGAGAAAAAGGCUGCCAGCAUGCCAAAAUCAGCAACUCAGAAGCAGUCUGCUGCAGAUGACGAGGACAUGGAUCCAACGCAAUAUUUUGACAAUCGGCUGAAAGCACUUGCAGCUCAUAAGGCAGCAGGAAUGAAUCCCUAUCCUCACAAAUUUCAUGUCUCAAUGUCCAUUCUUGAAUAUAUAGAGAAGUAUGAAAGCUUAAAUAGUGGGGAUCAUCUGGAGGAUGUUCAAGUAUCUUUGGCUGGGCGACUGAUGAACAAACGGUCUUCUUCAUCAAAGCUAUUCUUUUAUGAUUUGCAUGGUUCUGGUGGAAAAGUGCAAGUUAUGGCUGAUGCAAGGAGAUCUGAUUUGGAUGAAGCUGAAUUCUCCAAGUACCAUUCUGGUGUGAAACGUGGAGACAUUGUUGGUAUCGUCGGAUUUCCAGGAAAAAGCAAAAGGGGAGAGCUGAGUAUUUUUCCAAAAUCAUUCACAGUUUUAUCACACUGUCUUCAUAUGAUGCCAAGGCAAAAAAGUGCAGCCGUUGCGGAUAAUGCCAAUACAAAGAAAGUUGACGUUUGGACUCCAGGAAGUGGUAGAAAUCCUGAAGCAUAUAUAUUAAAAGACCAGGAAACACGAUACCGUCAACGUUAUUUGGAUCUGAUGGUAAACUCGGAAGUCAGACAUAUAUUCAAGACCCGAGCAAAGGUCGUCUCUUAUAUCAGACGUUUUCUUGACAAUCUUGAUUUUUUGGAGGUUGAAACUCCCAUGAUGAACAUGAUUGCUGGUGGAGCGGCUGCACGUCCAUUUGUGACCCACCAUAAUGAUCUAAACAUGAGAUUGUUCAUGCGCAUUGCUCCCGAACUUUAUCUGAAGGAGCUUGUUGUUGGUGGACUGGAGCGUGUAUAUGAGAUAGGAAAACAGUUCAGAAAUGAGGGGAUUGAUUUGACACACAAUCCUGAAUUUACUACGUGCGAAUUUUAUAUGGCCUUUGCGGACUACAAUGACCUGAUGGAGAUAACUGAGAAAAUGUUGAGCGGCAUGGUGAAGGAGCUUACAGGUGGCUACGUAAUUAAAUAUCAUGCCAAUGGGUUAGAUAAUGAUCCUAUCCAGAUCGACUUCACUCCUCCUUUCAGAAGGAUUGAUAUGAUUGGGGAGUUAGAGAGGAUGKCAAAUCUUAGCAUACCCAAAGACCUUGCGGGAGAUGAAGCCAAUAAAUAUCUUGCUGAAGCAUGCACAAAGUUUGAUAUCAAAUGUCCCCCGCCUCAAACAACAGCACGGUUGCUAGACAAACUUGUGGGACACUUUUUGGAGGAGACAUGUGUCAAUCCUGCUUUUAUAAUUAACCAUCCUGAGAUAAUGAGUCCGCUGGCAAAGUGGCAUCGAUCCAAACCAGGCUUGACUGAACGCUUUGAAUUGUUUAUCAACAAGCAUGAGCUCGCCAAUGCAUACACCGAACUCAAUGAUCCAGUGGUUCAACGCCAGCGAUUUGCCGAUCAACUAAAGGAUCGACAAUCAGGUGAUGACGAAGCAAUGGCUUUGGAUGAGACGUUUUGUACGGCUCUUGAAUAUGGUUUGCCGCCAACUGGUGGUUGGGGUUUGGGUAUUGACAGACUUGCAAUGUUGCUGACUGAUUCACAGAACAUCAAGGAAGUUCUACUUUUCCCGGCCAUGAAACCUCAGGACGAAGUGCCCCCUGUCAAAGGUGCAGAAAUCGUGAAAAGUUAAGCUCAUCAUAUAUACUUUUGCGGGCAGGGUUCUACCAAAUUUUGUUCAGAACGUUUCAUUGCGGCACACGCUCUUUUACGACCUGACAAGUCUUCUUUACUUUUAGGUGUCGUGAUCGGAUGCCAAAAACUUAAGAUGAAUAUAUAGCCCAGCCGUUAAUUGGCCUGCUUUUUCUAUUCUAGUUUUUUUCAUAUUUGCCAAAUUCAAAAUUAUGUGUGUCAAGGACCUCACAGUUUGGUGGUUUGCAUGGAUCGUUUUCAGGAAAGUGGGCCCCACCUAAUGAUAUUAAUGGGAAAUUUGCACUAGCGUA